AUGCCUCGUGGUCCUAAGAGUAAACUCCGUGCUUGGGAGAAACGCCGCCAAAAUCGAGCUGAGAAACAAGGUGAUAUGAGUGUCAGGCCCCUGCAGGAGAGAAAGGAGGCUGCUUGCUCCUCCUCUUCCGUUUUGGGGGAUGGUCCCUCAACCUUCACUGGUGCUGACACUGUCCAGGCACCUCAGGAUGCCCCAGCCACCACCAGUGCCGCUGCUGGUGCUUCAGGUGAUGGGUCUGCUGUAAAAGCCAAAGGCCAGGUUCAGAAAAGUAAAAAAGCCUCCGAAGUCUCAAUGUCCUCUGGUGAUGGCACCGUCCGGGCACCUCAGGAUGCCCCAGCCACCACCAGUGCCGCUGCAGGUGGUUCAGGUGAAAGACCUGCUGUAAAAGCCAAAGGCCGUGUUAGGAAAGGAAAAGAUUCCUCUCGGGCCUCAACUUCCACUAAGAGUUCUGGCCAAAGAAUUCUAAAUCAAAAGGCGAUUAUGACAGUAGAGUACCUGCUGUAUCAAUAUAAAAAGAAGGAGCCCAUUAAAAAGGGAGACAUGCUGGAGAUCAUCCACAAGUGGUUCUGGGACUUCCCUGAAAUUCUCAGGAGAGCCCCUGAGCGCAUGGAUCGGUUCUUUGGCCUGCAAGUGAAAGAAGUGAAGCCCAACGGUAACUACUAUACCCUUGUCAGCAAUCAAGAUGACAGCAGCGAUGAGAGUGUAGGCUGUGGCUUUAGUUUUCCUAACAAAAGGAUUCUGAUGCCUCUCCUGGCUGUGAUCUUCUUGAAUGGCAACCGUGCCCCUGAAGAGGAGAUCUGGGAAUUCCUGGGUGAUUUGGGCAUCUAUGAUGGAAAGGCUCACUUCAUUUUUGGGGAGCCCAGGAAGCUUCUCACUCAAGAUAUGGUGCAGGAAGAAUACCUGGUGUACCAGCCGGUGCCCAACAGUGAUCCUCCACGCUACGAGUUCCUGUGGGGUGCAAGAGCCCACGCUGAGACCAGCAAGUUGCAAGUCCUGGAGUUUUUAGCCGAUCUCAAUGAUACCUUGCCCAGUGAUUACUCACCCCAUUAUGAAGAGGCUUUGCAAGAUGAGGAAGAGAGAAAGCAAGCAAGAGCCCAAGCUGUACUCAUGACUGCCACUCCUCCCAUGGCCAGUGGAGACUCCAGUGUAAAGCCUAAGGCUCCUAAGGUUUGA